AUGUGUGUUCGCCAUUGGCUACGAAGACGAAACGAAGUCGGCCGCUCGCUGCGGAAGAACUGCCACCUCGCCAGCACCCAGCGGGGAUUAUUGCAUCGAGCUUUUAGUGUCUUCUUAUUCAACACCGAAAACAAGCUCCUGCUACAACAAAGAUCAGACGCUAAGAUUACUUUUCCAGGCUGUUUUACUAAUACUUGCUGCAGUCAUCCCCUAAGUAACCCGGGAGAGCUGGAAGAAAAUGACGCAAUCGGAGUCCGGCGAGCAGCGCAGAGACGUCUGAAGGCCGAGCUGGGGAUCCCCAUGGAAGAGGUUCCUCCUGAAGAAAUUAAUUAUCUAACACGAAUUCACUACCAGGCUCAAUCGGAUGAUAUCUGGGGAGAACAUGAAAUUGAUUACAUUUUGUUUGUGAAGAAGGACGUGACUUUGAAUCCAGAUCCCAAUGAGAUUAAGAGCCAUUGUUACGUGUCAAAGGAAGAGCUAAAAGAACUUCUGAAAAAGGCAGCCAGCGGUGAAGUUAAGAUAACUCCAUGGUUUCAAAUUAUUGCAGAGACUUUUCUCUUUAAAUGGUGGGAUAACUUGAAUCAUUUGAAUCCGUUUGUUGACCAUGAAAAAAUACACAGAAUGUAAAUGUGGAGAUCAAUGGUUACUAAAGUACUGAAUAAUUUCUUAGUAAACUUAGAAUGAAUUAUUUUUAAAAUUUGGUUCCUCAUUGGAACUCUCACUCAAAAGACUGAUACUUUACAACCAGAAUUUGUGUGGAAGACAAUUUUGAAUCAUACAUAUGCACUGUUACACGCACGCAUAUAUAUGCACUGCUAUUUAUAAAACAUUUAUGAGGGAUUAUUGUAAAAGAGAGAGAGCAAAUAAACUUAAUUUCAUCUGUCUAAACACAUGGUUAUGACAAAUUUGAGCAAGUAAGUGAAGUUCAUCACUUUUGAUAUGUCGUCAUAAACAUUUUUAGAGAGCACUUUGCUGUUUGCCAGGUGCUUGACAUAGCUUUAAAUUUUUAUCCGUGCAGAAGUGUACAGUGAAAACUAUUUGUCUGCUUCAAAACAGCUCAAAUUGAACUGUCCCUGUUAAGAGAUUAAUACAGUAGAACAGGUUCAAGGGAAUUAAAUGGUACAUGUCCUGACUUCUGUCAUUCUAAGUUAAUUUUGUGAUUUAAGCAUUCUGGAAGUAUUUUGACACUUAAAGUCAAACAUUGCUUUUGGUUAGACAUUGGCUGGGUUUAGUCAUUUAAAUGGUCUUUGCCAAUUAGCAAGUCUGUUUUCAGAGCUACUGCGGAAAGACAGGCUACUUGUAAAACGGAACUUGGGUCAUACUUUCCAGCAGGGUUUCCUAACCUGGGUCCAGCUGGUGUUUGGGGGGGGUGACUCUGUUGUCGAGGCUCAUCCAGUGCAUUGUAGGAUGUCUACCCCCAAAAUGCCAUUGGCACCCCUCCCCCAUGAUAGCCACAAUGACACCAGAUGCCAAAUGUCUCCUGGAGGACAGCGUCCCCCAGUUGAGAACCACUGUUCUCCAGAGUUGGGCCCUAUUGUAGGGAGGGGAGGGGAUACCAGAAAGGCUGAUAUUUAAUGCUAAAUAGGUUUGGGUUGUGGAAUAUGUGUAUGUUAACGUUUAAAUUGCACCUCAACUAAUGUACUUUUUACUAAAACUCUUGCCAUAGAUUUCUCAGACUUGAAAUCUUAAAACAGCUUUACUAUCCUCGAAUGCUAUGCAAUGGUAAAUAAUGAAGAAAAAAAAUUUUUCUUACAAAGCUAAAUGUUUUAUAAAUUCAGAAAAAAAAAAUCCAUUUCUUGUUAACCCUGAACAGUUAAUUUCAGGCAAAACUGUAGCAAGUAUUACCUUUAUUGAAAAAUAAAAACAAAAAUAAAUAAAAGCAUUUAGAUGCUGU